AUGGACAUAAUUUGUUACCUGCUAGUUAUAGUUGUGUUGAGCACCCACGCGCAUGGAAGCGUCCCUGAAUGUUUACGCGGGUGCAGCUGCGUCGAGGACCGUCAUGGAAGGUCGCUCACAUGUAUGGAGGAGAACGCGUUUGGGGCCAUACCAGGGAACCUCCCAGAUGACAUGACCAAAUUACGCAUUGAAAAAUCUCACUUUACUGAAAUACCAAGAGGGGCUUUCACCAGUGCCUCCUUCUUGGAGAACCUGUGGUUGAACUUCAAUGACAUCACACUCAUAAACUCAAAGGGCCUGGAGGGUUUGGGGAACCUGACCGAGCUGCGCCUGCAGGGGAACAAGCUGCGUUCAGUACCAUGGACAGCGUUCGAGGACACGCCGGCUCUCAAGAUCCUGGACCUGAAGCACAACCAGCUGGACGUGCUGCCGGAGCAUGCGUUAAAGUUUCUGCCAGGAUUGACGUACUUAGACGUAUCCUUCAAUCGGCUCACGGUCAUAUCAAAGGAGGUCUUUCAAAAUUGGCCCCUCUACCAAAAGCUGCAGGGCCUGGACGACCGGGAGGCGACCGCCCUCGGAGUGAACGUUGUCCUGGCGCUGCACGACAACGCCUGGCUCUGCGACUGCCGCCUGAAGGGCUUCGUGGAGUUUAUCAGGUCCCCGACGCCCCCGAUUAUACUGAUGAACUCCUACUUGACCUGCUCCGGGCCGGACUUUAGGGCGGGCAAGUUCUUCCACGAUGUCGAGCUGCAGGCGUGCGUGAAGCCGGCGGUGAGCAGCCCAGCCUCGAACAUCAGCCUGCCACAGGGCGCCAACCUGACGCUGCGCUGCCUCGCCAAGGCCCGGCCAGACCCCGCGGUGUGGUGGACAUAUGGUCUGAAGAUAAUCAGAGGAUUUCAUGAGUUUCAGGAAAGAGUGGAUGAGGACACCAUCAGAUCCCUCCUGGUGAUCCCCUCCCUCCAUGGGGCCGACCGGGGCGUCUACACCUGCACCGCUGUCAACUUUAUAGGGAACUCGUCUGUCAGUGUCUUCCUGAAUGUUCUCUCUCUUGACGGCUCCCACCCAUCCUUCCCUGCUGUACCCAGCGUUGGGGAUGAAAACUUCUACAUUGACAUCCGCAUCGCCAAACAGACAAUACGUGGCAUAGCCAUCGAGUGGUACGCUGCCUUGGACCGUCCUGCAGAAACCUGGUUCACCAUCCACUUUGGCCGUGCAGAUGAUAAUAAGAAAGAAAUGAUCUACAUCGGCCCCGGGAUUCGUUCAUACUCUGUCUCUGAUUUGAUGCCUGCCACCAAAUAUGAAAUCUGUGUGACCCUCAAGAAUAAGGCGCCACGUCAAGGCCAGUGCAUUGUGUUUGUAACAGGAAGUGACGUCACUGAGAUGGAACAGAGGGAGAAACUGAUUCAUAUAAUAGUGAUAGUUUUAGCCAUGGUUCUGGCCGUGCCAAUAGGCAUGUACGCGUGCACCACUGACACUAGGUUCUCCUGUGUGGAGGAUGUCAUGAAGUUGUGGAAGAGCCGGAGGAGAGAGGGUGGCUCGCAUGAGAUGGAGCGGGAGAGGCAGGGCACCUUCGACAGCUUGCAGGCUGCCAGCGACGAGGGCCUGGUUAAUAAGGAAUCCAGUGAAGACAGGAAGGUGAGGAGGAGGUCAGAGGACAGAACGAUUAAGGGCAAAGCUGAACCCAGCAGACUCACAGCUGUACUAUACUAA